AUGAGUCUUCCAUCUCCCACCUGGCGUCCCGGCAAGCGCGUUGUUAUCGUGGGCGGUGGCCCCGGCGGUGUCUCGACUGCCCUUGCAUUUCUUAGACGGGGCUACGACGUUCGCAUCUUCGAAGAUGGUGUCCUGCUCUGCAUGCCAGUCUUGGCCAUUCUACGUUCCUAUGGUAUGGGCGUUGCUGAACUCGGGUCCUAUACCGUGACCUACUUUAAGAACAGCAAGGGCCAAGAGCGAACAAACCUCAUAUUAAACCCUGAGAUUGAAAAGCGUAUGGGGAUAAAAGGCUGCUUUCCUGACGGCAUCCUACAAGUAGGCAAAGAGUUUGAGUCCUAUACGGAGCGGGACGAUGAGGUCGAAGUCGAAUUUGCGAGCAGCACGACAAUCACAGCUGAUGUCGUUGUUGAGGCUGAUGGAGUUCGCUCUGGUGUUUCCAGGCAGCCCUUCGGGGAUCCUGGGAUUUUCCACGUAGGCAUUCGCCGCCAGGCAAGCUUCUUCCCCAUGCGUCAUGAAGGGAAGCCGGGUUUUGAGUGGUGGAUUGUUGAAUUGGUCUAUGAGUGGAAACCCUUCCUCAGGAAGGUAGAAGAAAUUAAGGUUUACAUCUCAGACAUUCUCAAGGACUGGGCAGAUCCUAUGCCUUUAUUCAUCGAGGCGACGGAUUUCAAGGACCAGAUUUUUCGCUGGGAGAUCUACAACAGACCUUCGAUGAAAAAAUGGUCCAAGGGACGAGUAGUCUGUGUUGGUGAUGCUGUCCACCCUGUCUCACUUUAUGCUGCCUGCGAUAUGGGCAUGGCGAUUGAGGAUGGCUAUCAUCUUGCCUGCUCACUUGAUGGGGUUGGCCUUCGUGACGCUCAUGCAGUCCGUGCAGGGUUUGAGCUGUACGAAAAAGAACGGGUUAACUACGUUAACCACAACGUGGAAUUUGCCCGCUUCCUUGGGAGGAUGUUUCAUGAGCUCCCGUACCCAUUAGCAUGGUUUGGCAGGUGCAAGUGCGAUGAUAUUGCCACGAGGCCUAGAAUAUGCAAAUGUGUUGCUAAUGUCGCACUAAGGGUUAGCAAAGGUUGGUUCGUAGAGCAGGCUGAAGCCGACACAUUAUCUUUUGCGGUUGUUUUGACUUACAGAUAUGAUGAAGGAUGA